CGAGCAAAGGAAAAUAACGCAAACAUUAUCCUAGCUUGCAAUUUUUGGUGCAUUUUUUAUCUGCAACAUUCGCGUCUGUAGGUGUGGUGAACUGCCGGCACCGGGGAAAGGAAGUGAGUGGGAACAGAGGGUUCUAAACGGAACGGACAAAAAUCAAUUUUUGCAAAAGGAUUACAUAAAGCCGCAACAGCAGGACGGCUGAGUGCGAUUCGACGACCGUCCGUCCGUAGAGCGCGAAUCGGACCGGAUGGAUUCCCGUCGUGAUCUCGGUGGUCACUUUAGUUUCCGUUCUUCCCCUUCCCUUGGUGGCAACCAGUCGGCUGGCGUAGACGGGCUGCUGGAUGAUAUUUGAAGCGAUCCAGCUUCGUCAUUCAACUCAUACGCAUCAUUCGCUUCAAUUGCAAACACAACACCAGCAGCAGCAGCUUCAUCAUCAACAGCUACAGCAUCGCUUCCUAGGGGAUCAGGAUUUAGAUCAGCACCAUCAGCAGCAGCAUAGAUUAGACGGCGACGGGGACGGCGAAGUAGCGCCUAAACCAUUGGAUUUUCGUUUGACCAAAAGGCUUCUGGCGGCGGUGUUUUUUCUGCUUAUCAUCUACGCUUGGAAGCAGUAUAUCGAGGACGGCGAGGAAUCCGAUACCAUCUACAUUUGAGGGUCGAACGGGAGGAGUAAAUCAAUCGCCUUUUAUAGAGUAUUAAUUAGGUCAGCACAGGAUGAGCAGCAAGAAGGUGUCUUAUUUCUUCAAUCCGGAUGUGGGCAACUUCCACUACGGUCCGGGUCAUCCGAUGAAACCGCACCGGUUGUCGGUGAUACACCAUCUGGUGAUGAACUACGGGUUACACAAAAAGAUGCAGAUCUAUCGACCGUACAAAGCCAGCGCCCACGACAUGUGCCGCUUUCACAGCGACGAAUACAUUGAGUUCCUACAGCGCGUAACACCUCAGAACAUCCAGGGUUACACCAAGUGCCUAUCGGUGUUCAACGUGGGAGACGAUUGCCCGGUGUUCGAUGGGUUGUUCGAGUUUUGCGCCAUGUACACCGGAGCGUCACUCGAGGGAGCCCAAAAACUGAACCACAAUCACAGUGACAUCUGUAUCAACUGGUCCGGCGGGUUACAUCAUGCAAAGAAAUUCGAGGCUUCCGGUUUCUGCUACGUAAAUGACAUCGUAAUCGGCAUUCUGGAACUGUUGAAGUAUCACCCACGGGUUUUGUACAUUGACAUCGAUGUACAUCACGGAGAUGGAGUUCAGGAAGCAUUCUACUUGACGGAUCGGGUGAUGACGGUUUCGUUCCACAAGUACGGAAACUACUUCUUCCCCGGUACGGGUGAUAUGUACGAAAUCGGUGCCGAAUCCGGAAGGUACUACUCGGUGAACGUACCGCUGAAGGAAGGGAUCGACGAUCAGAGCUAUGUGCAGGUAUUCAAACCAGUCAUAUCGGCCGUCAUGGAGUUCUAUCAGCCGACUGCGAUCGUCCUUCAAUGCGGAGCUGAUUCACUAGCAGGAGAUCGCCUAGGUUGCUUCUCACUCAGUACGAAAGGCCAUGGAGAGUGUGUUAAAUUCGUUAAAGAUCUGAAUGUCCCAACGCUCGUGGUUGGAGGCGGUGGUUACACGCUCCGUAAUGUGGCACGCUGUUGGACUUAUGAAACCUCCCUGCUGAUCGAUGAAACCAUCUCCAACGAGCUUCCCAUGAACGAUUACCUGGAGUUCUUCGCUCCGGACUUCACACUCCAUCCGGACAUUCCUAGCCGACAGGACAAUGCCAACAGCAAGCAGUACCUUGAGGCGAUCACGCGCCAUGUCUACGACAACCUGAAGAUGUGUCAACACGCGCCGAGCGUACAGAUGUUCGACAUUCCCGAGGAUGCUCUGCCGGAGGACGUCAAGGUGAAGGAGGAGCCUAAUCCGGAAGCACGGUUGACCCAGGAGGAGGAGGACAAGCAGGUCGAACCGAAGAACGAGUUCUUCGACGGCGAGAAUGAUAACGACAAAAGCGAAAAUGAACCCUAGCGGUAGGCUUUGUUUGGCAGGGCGUGGUACUGCGUAGUUUGGUGAAAAUUGAAUUUAAGUAGGGUUUAAAGCUAUAUUCAAUUAGGAAGGAAAUGAGAACUACAAAAAUAAUACUUCAAUUAUUUUAAUUGUACAUUUCUAUUAAGCUUAAAUGCAAAUCGUAGGCAGUAC